CCCCAAUAUGUUAAGUUAAGCACAUGGUGUCCGAACCUGUGCAAACUUCAAGCAUUUAUAAAUGAUUUUCAUUUUAGUGGAUAUGUUAAUAAAUAAUAUAUCAUUCAUUAUUGAACUUUUUUCAACAACUCAACCCAUUGGAUGAACUAAUUCUUAGAAAACAACUUCAGCUUUUUAAAUCACAAACCCGCUUAUUUUAUUAGAGUUAGGAAUUCAUUAUGUGGCAUCCGAACAAAUCAUUCAUAUAUUCAUAGUUAUGUUUUAACUCCUACGUUUCUUAAUUAACAGAUAAUCCACCGAUGAACACCCGGCGGUGCCUCUUCGCCUCGGCCAGCGCCGGCUCUCUCGCCUACGUCGCCGGUGGCGUCACCAUCAAGGGCGAGAUCCUCACCUCCGCGGAGCUCUAUAACUCAGACACCGCCACGUGGAAACCGCUCCCCGGCGGCGGGCUGAAGACCCCGCGGAAGAAGUGCUGCGGGGUGAUGAUGGACGGCAAGUUCCACGUCAUGGGCGGGUACGGCCCCGACAGGGUCCCGAUGACGUCAGCCGAGGUGUACGACCCGAGGACCAUGACGUGGGAGGUGGUCCCCGACAUGUGCCCGCCGUCGUGCGGGCCGUACGGCUGCCCGCCGCUGUGCGCGGUAGUGGGUGACGAGCUGUACGCCGCCGAGGUGGCGGACAAGAAGAAGAUGGAGCUGUGGAGGUACGUGAAGGGGAGGAACGCGUGGGUGAGCGUCGGGAAGCUGCCGGCGACGGUGGCGUGUACGGGCGGGUGGGGGAUGGCGUUUAAGGGUGUUGGGGAGAGGCUGGUGGUGAUCGGCGGGCCGAGAGGAGGGAUUGGGGUUGUGGAGAUACACUCGUGGGUUCCGCCGGCGGCGGUGGCGGAGGAGGGGGAUGGUGGUGGUGGGAGUGCGGUGCCGCUGCGGUGGGAGGUGAUUGCCGGGAGACAAUCGGGGACGUUUGUGUACAACUGUGCUAUCAUGAGCUGCUGAUAAUGUUGGAUGGUUGAUAAUAAUAAAAAAUAAUAAUAAUAAUAAUAAUAAUAAUAAUGCCCUUAUGUUUUGAGAGAGGGCAAGUGGAAACCCUAAACUUAGAAAGGGUUAGGAUAAUGUAAUGGAGUCUUUUUAACUUUUUGUGUUUUCUUGGGUACUUUGUACGUGGAGAGGGUUAAUGUGUUUGUGUGUUGUGUGGUGUCGACAUUUGAGGUACUUUUGUAAUGAUAUACAAUAUAUAAUACAGUCUUAAGAUUAAU